AAAAAAAAGAGGGGAAGGAAUCAAUUCCACAUUCGCCCGUUCCCCUCUGAAUUGCUCGAUGGAGCGGAGCGGCGGCGAGGUCUCCGCCAUGGGAUCGAGGGUCUCCUCCGACUCCGACGCCGCCGCCGGCGAGGACCGUCUCAGCGGGCUCCCCGACGACGUCCUCGUCCUCAUCCUCCUCCGCCUCCACACCGCUGCUGCUGCUGCCCGGACCAGCAUCCUCUCCCGCCGCUGGCGCCGCCUCUGGGCGAUCCUCCCGGAGCUCCACUUCGCCGUGGCCCCUGAGCCAGCCAGCACCCGCGCCAUCCUCGAGUCCCACGAGGCGGCCCUCCGGUUCCUCUACGUCGUAACCCUGGGCGCCGCCCCCGACUCCGUGGCGGCAUGGCUCCCCGCCGCCGCGCGCCGCCUCUCCGGCCGCCUCGUCUUCAUCAACAAAUACGCCGCCAAGGAAGGCGGCGAGGAGGAGGACGAGGACGAGGACGAGGCGGCGGCGCAAGGAGGCGCCUUUGAGCUGCCCUGCUUCGGGAACGCCACCGCAUUCUAUCUCGACCUAGGGUUCCUCGGCGUUGCCAUGCCGCCGGCAGGCAUUUUCGCCCGGCUCACCGAGCUAUGCCUGUUCCAGAUCCGGUUCCACGGCCCGUGUGAGCUCGGCGAUGCCAUCUCCUCGCCGCGGUGCCCGUGCUUGCAGAAGUUACUCAUUUUUUCCGUCCGGGGGCUGAACAAUCUCGCCAUCCAUUCCGGGUCUCUCCUGCGAGUGUCGCUCAGAGAUCUGCGUGGCUUGCGGCAGCUCACCAUCGUGGCACCGGUCCUUGAGGACCUAGCAGUCUCAGAUCUGUGUGGCUGGCGGCAGCUCACCAUCGUGGCACCAGUCCUUGAGAACCUAGUAGUCUCAGAUUGCUUCAUUUAUGAUUGGAAUCAACCAGUCGCCAGCAUCUCAGCUCCUCAGCUUGUAUGUCUCAACUGGAGGGACCCGAAUGAUCCGAGCUCCGUCGAUCUUGGCAAGAUGGAACGUGUUCAAUGGCUGAGCACUUCCUCUUUUCUUGUUUAUGGGCCAGAUAACCUUGCAGUUGCACACAAUCGCGGUUGUAUAAGGCUCCUCGAGCGUUUCAAGGUCAUGGGAGGUCUUAAUCUCACACUGGACUAUAUCGGGGAGAUAGAAAACUGUGCCUACUUGAUGGAUGACAUGACUGUGCUCCCUGACAUCGCGUUUUUGAACCUGAAUGUAUUGACAUAUGGGCAUGCCUUUGGGGCCAGCGCAUUUCAUGUUCUUAUGAUGUGUUCUGGUAUAAGAAGGUUGAAGCUGAGAUUUAAAGCUCCUACUGACUCUGAGGUAUAUUCUCCUUGUUUCAGGCACAAAGUUCAUGUCCAUCAGGUUGCAUUUGUGGUCAGCAAGCAGACUGGAAGACUGAGGAACUGUCGUUGAAUCACCUUGAAGAAGUAGAAAUCACUGAAUUGAGAGGAUCUGAACAUGAAAUUGCUUUCCUGAAGCGACUGUUAAGUUGGGUGGGAUUGCUAAAAAGGAUGACAAUAACUUUUCAUAGUUCGGUUACAGAAAACAUGGCCAACGAGCUGUGCCAGAUGUUACGGAGCUUCUCUAGGACAGAAAUAUGCAUGAAAUUUUACACACAUCAGGACACGGUCAAGGCGUUGUUUAGGGGCGAAGCCAUACUGUGGAACCACCGGGGUCUAGCGUAAAAGAGGAUGGGGUCGUUAACACUAUUAAUACCAAAAUACAAUGUUUUCUAUUGAAAUCUUCCGAACUCGUCGUGGUCGGCGGCCCCCAAUGGCAAGCUUGAGCUCUGCCCCUGGUUGUGUGAGUAAGAAGGCUAGCUAAGGCAGUGUGUUAUCACUUUAAGGGCUGGACGUUGUUUUUGUAGUUUUCUUCCGUGCUAUGGUUUGCUGUGCUUGGGAACAUCAAAAUGCCAGCAGAUCAUUGAAAAAAAUGUUAAGACCCAUCGUUCUAUGGUCAGAGUUGUUUUAUGUCUUGUUUUUCGCUUAUGGAUUUUUUGUAUUCUUUUCACGAUGCUGACAUGCGGAAGAGUGGAAAUGAGUCGUUUGGUUGAUCUA